CGUCCCAGACACAAGAUGCCUUCCGCGCGUCCUCGCUGCUCUGUCUCUACAGCUGCCGUUGAAAUGCCACCGGAGGACGGCGGCUGCACCGUGUAGGAGGAGCCAGCGGCGUGUUUCCGCUAACCAGCGCCGAGAGAGGUAACACGGUAAUCUAUGCUGCCCUGCUGAGAAUUACAGGAUAUUGGCGGAACAGUUGUCAGCUAUUGCGGGACACUGUUAGAGUAAAAACUGCUAAAUCACCGGGGAGCUGCGGGUGUCCAUAUCUGGGGAGAAAGAAGAAGAAGGAGUGGCAGCUGGACUGUCAGCAAUGGAAGCCGAGUUUCGGGAAAUCGAUGAAAACGGGAGUUGGAGCGCCAUUUAUCAGGAGAUUCGCCAGCAGUCAUGUGAACUCCCGUGCAAGGUUGCCAAAUUACCUGAAAACAAGACUCGGAAUCGUUACAGAGAUGUUAGCCCAUUUGACCACAGCAGAAUAUGUCUGCAGCUGGGUACGAACGACUACAUUAACGCCAGCCUAAUAACAGUAGAAGAGACACAGAGGAACUAUAUCCUCACUCAGGGACCCCUUCCAAAUACAUGUGGCAACUUCUGGGAGAUGGUGUGGGAGCAGAGGACCCGUGGUGUAGUGAUGCUGAACAGAGUCAUAGAGAAAGGAUCUAUUAAAUGUGCCCAAUAUUGGCCACAGAGAGAGGAGAGAGAUAUUAUCUUUGAAGAUACCAAUUUCAAGCUCACCUUUGUCUCAGAGGACAUCAAAUCUUACUACACAGUCCGUAAGCUGGCGUUGGAAAAUCUGUCUACUCAAGAGACUCGUGAGAUUUUACAUUUUCACUACACCACCUGGCCUGACUUUGGGGUACCAGAGUCUCCUGCCUCCUUCCUUAACUUCCUGUUUAAGGUGCGGGAGUCGGGUUGUCUGAAUUCAGACCACGGACCAGUGGUGGUGCACUGCAGCGCCGGCAUUGGACGCUCCGGGACAUUUUGUCUUGUGGACACCUGCCUCUUAUUGAUGUCCAUGCGUAAGGACCCGUCUUCAGUGCGUAUUCGUGACAUUCUGCUGGAGAUGCGACGCUAUCGAAUGGGCUUGAUUCAGACAGCAGAUCAACUCCGCUUCUCCUACCUUGCUGUCAUCGAAGGUGCCAAGUACAUCAAAGGAGAUACAUCUGUGCAGGAGUCAUGGAAAGAGCUCUCGAACGAGGAAGAUGAUCCUCCAGAGUUCACCCCUCCGCCUCCUCUUCCUCCUCCCAGAGACCCUUACAAUGGCAGAGUUGAGCCAUCCUUUUUCCCUGAAAAUGAUGAGGUCAUCCAACAGAUGGAAAUCCGCAGUCUGGGGUCCUCACAAGACUCAGGGCUGCGACAAAGGAACAUUGCUGCCCCCCAGCCUCCUGCUGACGGUGCCCAGCUCGAUGGCCACAUGGGAAUCGGAGAUCAUUCCUCCAAAGCUCCGACCAUAUCUGAGCAGCAGCAGGAGAUGGAGGAGCAGGAGUUACCAGAGACAGCGCAGCAGCAAAAAGAAAGCUCUCCUGUGCCGGGGACUUGGUCCCCUCUACUAACCAAUGUGUGCCUGUGCACGGCGCUGGCUCUCAGUGCUUACGUCUGUUAUCGAGCCUGUUUCCACUGAUGUCUGUCCUUCCUUCCUUUUUUUGUUUUCCCUGUCUCUCCACUGAUGUUGCAAAGUGGACUCGGCUGACCCAUCAGCCUGCUUUGACUCUGAGUUUACUCUGUGAGUGAGUGGAUUGUUUGGACUUGCAGAUUCAGGUUCACUCGUUUAUUUUACAAAUGCAGUGCGAAGUGGUUGGCUGGUUGGGAUUAACAGGCUGCCAGUCCUCAUUGCCCCACUCAAAUAUACUUUCAGUACGUCAUCAUGGAUGCUCAGGGCCUCAGUUUUUCAGGUGUCACAUCGCAAAUACGUGUCCCGACUUAAACACAGACGAUACAUGUCUGUCGAGGAGGAGGGUUUUGUUUUAGCUCCCCUGUUCUGUGAACAUGAUGAAUGGCCUGUCAGACAUUUUACACGUGUUUCCUCUCAUAUUUACCAAAUGACACUUUUAUUUGUUCUUCCAUUUCAUCCUUUAUGAAGGUGUCUGUUAGGAUUUCACACAUUUCUCCACCUUAUCUUUCUUUUGCUUUCAUAAAUGAUCAGAAAUCACAGAGCCAGAUUUUUGACCAGCCUGUCUGAAAACAUGCCAGUAAGGGAGACACUUUUAUAAACUUUUUUUUUUUUCUAAUGGGUCAAUAUUAAACCCAACAGUAAGGUGAAGUAUGUGAACGUAAGAGGGAAGCAAUCCUGUGCCCACGAGAUAAGAGAUGCAUGCUGGGGUGGGCAUUGAAUUAUCUGCCCUCACUGGUCGGCCUGUGUAGGGCUGCAGGAGGCAUGCUAGUUGAGUACAUACAGUACAUGUGUGUGUUUUUGUGUGUUUGUGUAUUUGGCGCGAGUGGUAGUUAGUGGAGCUUUCUACUGAUGCUUGACUUAAAUCUACUCAGUGAGAAAUGAUUAAUAUAACAUUUACAGAACGUCAAAUGUGAGCUGUAGACUGAGUUACCUCCGGGUAACUGAUUCCCUCUGGUUUUCUUUCCCUGGUGGCUCAAGAAUUCCCCCCACUGUGGGAUCAAUAAAGUUUAUCUUAUUGUAACAGUGACACAGAAAUGUCUUUAAAAAAUGGUGCAGAGACAAGGUGGCAUGUCUGAUUGUCCAUUUAUCUGGCAUUCUCAAAUUGACAUUGGCUUUUGAUUUAAAUGUUUUGGAUCUUUUCAGUCACAGUGGAUAAAAAUGUGUGGAGGCUUUUAUUGCCAAGAGAAUGUGUAAUAUAACAUAAAUGCAACUCUUAUAAAGUAAUAUGUGUUCAGUUAGACACAAGAAUGCCAGCUUAUUGAGACACAAAGUAGCUACCACCCAACUUUUCGCCAGCAAUACAAAUACUUAAUAAUAACGUGUCACCCUUUAUCAAACUCUUGAGUUUAAAACAGGGAAACAGGGAUUUUAAACAAACCAAAAAUCAAACACCAGCACAGGGAUGAAAACAAUACACUGUAGUGAUGAUCCGUUGUAUCAUGGCGUGGCCCUGAGCUGGCAAUAUUGUUUUGUAUGAUUCUUUUUUUUUUUCUAGCAUGCUGCAUUUGUGAAUCAACAGAUUUGUCCUAAGAAGAGAUUAGCUAAGCUGCUAGCAUUCAGUUUACCUUUGUGACUCGACAAAGUUCAGCACUUGAGUCUGACAGCUGUACUUUUCUUUAGAAUGUAUAAACAUCCUCAACAAGGACACACCCUUGUUAGAUAUAUAUAUUUUUUUCAAAUCAGGUUUCAGUGUGCUGAGUUUUUUUUUUUGUUCCGCUUUAGCAAGGGAUUAAACCUCAGCACCUGUGCAGCCAUUGCACCAGGUUUUCCUGUUUUUUUUUCUAUACUUCUGCUGAGCUCAAAAACAUGUAUUUUUUUAUUUACAUUUGUUGUUUUCAUUUUUAAAUAAAAAACAAAGUCUACUGUUAA